CAUCUAUAUGAAUGUAUAUAAAUGUGUCUAGAUUCGUUAAACAUCUAUAUGAAUGUGGGCAAUACUAGAAAUUCUUAUAACCUGAAAUGGAUGUAGUACUAGAUUGUGUAACAAUUCAGAUAGCUAGUGCAAUUGGUGAUUGAUUAAUUUUACAGUCCUUAUGUAUUUGGAGGUAUCAUAAUCUUAAGUGUUAAUUUGUGAUACCUCCUGGUCCUCAACACUAGAGAGAUACUAAGUGGUAACACUGCAAAAUGUGGCAUCUCCUGGUACCUUUUAAGUACCAAAUGCACUAGGUGCCUUUGCGCAAAAUUCCCAGAUGAGAGGACCCAAUUUGUGAUCGUGUGCGACAUGUCUAGAAGGGUGGCCCAUUGUUUACAUUCCUUCACCAGAUCGCCGAAGCUUUCUAAAUCGCGGGCACUUAACGCGUGAGAAGCCCAAUGAGACCUCCAAAUGCUAACCUUAAAAUCGCAGCGCUGCACGGCGACAUGGUCUCCUAGCUAGCUGCCUAGCUUCUCGGCGACGUUGAUUGGCAGCAACUAGCUAGCUCGCCGUCCGGCCGGCCGGCCAUGGCGCCUAAGAUGGUGAUCAGCCUGGGGAGCUCGCGGCGGCGGAAGCGCGGCGAGAUGCUGUUCCGGUUCGAGGCCUUCUGCCAGCCCGGCUACCCGGCGAACUUCGCCGGCGCCGGCGGCUUCAGGGACAACGUGAGGACGCUGCUCGGCUUCGCGCACCUGGAGGCCGGCGUCCACGGCGAGACCAAGUGCUGGUCGUUCCAGCUCGAGCUGCACCGCCACCCCCCCACCGUCGUGAGGCUCUUCGUCGUCGAGGAGGAGGUCGCCGCCUCGCCGCACCGCCAGUGCCACCUCUGCCGCCAUAUUGGGUGGGGGAGGCAUCUGAUAUGCAGCAAGAGGUAUCACUUCUUGCUGCCGAGGAGGGAAUCGGCGGCGGAAGCCGACGGCCUGUGCUUCGCGAUCAACCACGGCGGCGGCGGUGGCGCGGAGAAAGCGUCGUCGAAAGGGACGACGACGACGGCCUCCAGCAGAGGCCACCUGCUACACGGCGUCGUGCACCUCAACGGCUACGGCCACCUCGUCGCCCUCCACGGCCUCGAGGGCGGCUCCGACUUCGUCUCCGGCCACCAGAUCAUGGACCUCUGGGACCGCAUUUGCUCAGCCUUGCACGUAAGGACGGUGAGCCUGGUGGACACGGCGAGGAAGGGCCACAUGGAGCUGAGGCUGCUGCACGGCGUCGCGUACGGCGAGACGUGGUUCGGGCGGUGGGGGUACAGGUACGGCCGGCCGAGCUACGGCGUCGCGCUGCCGUCGUACCGGCAGUCGCUGCACGUGCUCGGCUCCAUGCCGCUCUGCGUGCUGGUGCCGCACCUGUCGUGCUUCAGCCAGGAGCUCCCCAUGGUGGUCACCAAGUACCAGGCCAUCAGCGGCCACAAGCUGCUCAGCCUCGGCGACCUCCUCCGCUUCAUGCUCGAGCUGCGCGCCCGCCUGCCGGCCACCUCCGUCACGGCCAUGGACUACCGGGGCAUCAUGUCGGAGGCCUCGUGCCGGUGGUCGGCGAAGCGCGUCGACAUGGCGGCGCGCGCCGUCGUGGACGCGCUCCGCCGCGCCGAGCCGGCGGCGCGGUGGGUCACGCGGCAGGAGGUGCGCGACGCGGCGCGCGCCUACAUCGGCGACACGGGCCUCCUCGACUUCGUGCUCAAGUCCCUCGGCAACCACAUCGUCGGCAACUACGUCGUGCGCCGCACCAUGAACCCGGUGACCAAGGUGCUCGAGUACUGCCUCGAGGACGUCUCCAGCGUGCUCCCGGCGGUCGCCGCCGGCGGCGGCGUGCCGGCGCAGGGCAAGAUGAGGGUGAGGUUCCAGCUCACGCGUGCGCAGCUCAUGAGGGACCUGGUGCACCUGUACCGGCACGUGCUCAAGGAGCCCAGCCAGGCGCUCACCGGCGGCGCGUUCGGCGCGAUCCCGGUGGCGGUGCGGAUGGUCCUGGACAUCAAGCACUUCGUCAAAGAUUACCACGAAGGACAAGCCGCGGCGAGCAGCAAUGGCGGUGGCGGAUUCGGGCAUCCCCACAUCAACCUGUGCUGCACGCUGCUCGUGAGCAACGGGAGCCCGGAGCUAGCUCCACCGUACGAGACGGUGACCCUGCCGGCGCACGCGACGGUGGGCGAGCUGAAGUGGGAGGCGCAGAGGGUGUUCAGCGAGAUGUACCUCGGCCUGAGGAGCUUCGCGGCGGACUCCGUCGUCGGGGUCGGCGCCGACCAGGAGGGCCUCCCGGUGCUCGGGCUGGUCGACGUCGGAAGCGCCGUCGUGGUGCAAGGGAGCGUGGGCGAGCAGAUAAACGGGGAGGACCACGAGAGGAAGGAGGAGGCGGCGGCGGCGGCCGUGUGCGAGGGGAGCGGCGGCGGCGAGCGCGUCGUGGACUGCGCGUGCGGCGCGGUGGACGACGACGGCGAGCGCAUGGCGUGCUGCGACAUCUGCGAGGCGUGGCAGCACACGCGGUGCGCCGGGAUCGCGGACACCGAGGACGCGCCGCACGUCUUCCUCUGCAGCCGGUGCGACAACGACGUCGUGUCGUUCCCGUCCUUCAACUGUUAGAUGUGAUGCUGCUGCUGCUACUGCUACUACUACUGCCUCUGCUGCUAUAUAUGAUGCUACCUAGUACAAGUGAUCGAGAAUUCAAUUUGUUUUCUCGGCAAAACCAAAAUGAAAACGAAGGUAAAACCAAGUGAACUUCAGAUCAA